AUGCCCAAUGGUGUUAACCUUCUGCAGAAGCGUCAAAAGCUGGCAAAAUUGGCGGAGUUUGGCUUCGCCAAGGACCUGGCCGAAGUCCUCGUGGAAACGCUUGGGAUGGACCCCAUCGGGCAGUUGACCGAUGCCGCCAUCGCCGAAGCAUUGACUGAAGAAGGCUUGGUGGACUUGGCGUCAGUGAAGAUCGUGGCUGGCGCUGCAAGCCGACAUGGCCAUUGCAGGGCUGUCAGCAGUGGGCACGGCACAGGGGACGGCAAUGAGGUGGCCAUCGACUCAGAGUCUGAGGGCAUGGAGGAGGAGGAAGAGAAGGAGCCGGGUGCACACUCUGUUUGCAAAGAUGGGGUUCCUGAACGGGCUUCCUUGGGCAGAGCUGGUACAGGAGAAGGCAACGCCUUGGCUUCUGCUGAGCGACGUGUGCCCAUGGCUGCUCUGGGUUUUUUUGCAGAGGCAAGUCUAGCACUGUUAGAUAUCGCCGAGGGGAAGCUGUACAGCUUCGCGGGGCAUGCCAGUUUUAAAGCAUACAUAAGGAGAUCUUUGGCAGUGCUUGGGUUUGGCUUGCACCAGGCCAGGAACCUGAUUGCAGCGGCACGUGUCAUACGAAACCUCCCAGCAGGUGUAGCCCGCCCAAGCAAUCAGAUGCAGGUGCGGCCAUUUGUGGGCUGUCAUCCUGAUGUCCAGCUGAAGGCAUGGGUGCUGGCACUAGGACGGGCUGGUGGACUGGAAAGUGCACGUGUCAGUGGCCGACUAGUACGUGAAUGUCUGAGGGAGGUCAAGGGGUCUCUGGCUGAUGAUGUCUUAGCGGGUUCAGCUGUUGUAGCCACACCAUCUGAUGCCACAGGCAUGGCUGCAGAUGGUGAUACGAGGCAUGAGGAUGCACUGUCGCUGCAAUAUGGCGGCCUGCGUGUGUUCAUGCAAAGUGAUACAUGUGAAUGGUACACACCAGAUUUCAUCUUGGACCUGGUGCGUGAGCUGUUCACACCAGGCUGCAUUGAUCUUGACCCGUGUUCUUGUGCCGCUGCAAACACGCGGGUCCGGGCCACUUCCUUUUACGAUGAGGCGACGGAUGGACUGGCAGAGGGCAGUGCAUGGCGAGGAAACCCUGCUUUUGGUGUACGGAGAGGGCAGAGCCUCCAAGGGCUAUUUUUUGGAAGAUGCAUGCGGGAGUAUCAGGCGGGGAAUGUGAGGCAGGCCGUGGUGCUAUUAAUAUUGAAGGCAGGUAUUGGCUACAGCUGGUUCAAUGAUGUGCUGAACUGGCCAGUGUGCUUUCUCCGGGAGCACCUUUCGUUCGUCCGGCAGGUGGGCACUAGUGAUGAGCUUCAAUGGGGAGCCCGUGCGCAGAAUCCACACGGCAGUGUCAUUGUCUAUAUGGGCCCUGCCGUUGAAAGGUUUGCCACCUUGUUUAGUCGCAUUGGGAGCGUGCCAGGCAUGAACUCGUGGCCACAUGUCAGGCCUGUCCUCCCACGGUAG